AUGUAUUCUCCUCAGCUGGUCAUUGCCACCCUCCUCGCCGCCAGCGCUGCGUUGACUGGAGCAGUAAGCAUCCAGCCCCGACAGUCCUCUCUGGCCUGCAACGCGGCGCGACUCCAAAUCAUCAAAGCGCUUAGCGAUACUAAGAAGUCGGUGGCCGAUAUUCAAGAUCCCACCGUUCAACAGGCUGCUGCGGCUGGAGUCAAGCAGGCACAGCAGGGUGUUACCCAGGUUGCUGCAUCGUUGCUUACUGGUCAAGCCCCGUCAGCAGACGGACGUAAUACUGUCGAGGCUGGCCUGAACGCUACGGCGACAGCUCUGGCAGGAGGUGACUCGGCCGACCCGGCUGUUGCGACUACUCAGACUGCCCUGGACGACGCGGUAACGGCUGGUCAAAAUGUGGUGGCCAACUGUUAG